UUUAUCUGCACCAAUACCCAGUGCUACCAGAAUGGCUGUCUCAGUACUUCGCCUGACAGUUGUCCUGGGACUGCUUGUCUUAAUCCUGACCUGCUAUGCAGAUGACAAACCAGACAAGCCAGAUGACAAGCCAGAUGACUCAGGCAAAGACCCAAAGCCAGACUUCCCCAAAUUCCUAAACCUCCUGGGCACAGAGAUCAUUGAGAAUGCAGUUGAGUUCAUCCUCCGCUCCAUGUCCAGGAGCACAGGAUUUAUGGAAUUUGAUGAUAAUCAAGGAAAGCAUUCAUCAAAGUGACAUCCUCAGGACAUACCCAUGUGGCUCCUGGACAAUCCAAGAGCAGCCAAAUCCUGCUUUUCCAGUUCUGCUUCACAAGUCCUCCAGGACAGAGCCUUCAGAGCAACUCCCAGCGAGUUCUCAGGAUUCAGGCUCUGGCUUCAACCAAACAGAACUCAUUUUGAACACCCCGACUGCAUUUUUGCUUUUAGAAAGUUAGAAUAAAUAUGGCGCUUUGGGAUCACAUAGUUGAUUGAGA